AUGUCUCAUCAUGACAAUUUCAGUGCACCAAUGCCAUGGAUUGGGAGGUAUAUUGUAGCAGCAUCUUUGAUAUGCAUACUUGCAAUGUUAGCAGAUGCAGUACAAGGAAUUAGAAGGCGAAAAUUCUGGCUUCCAUGCAAAUUUUUCACUUUUAAUGCUGCUUCAUUGACAUUGUUAGGGGUUGUAGUUAAGUUGCCACUUGAUCUAAACAAUCCCAUGCCAGGGAAAAUUGAUCAGAUGGCUAAACUUAGCAGUGUUGUCUUUAUGUCUACAGCAAUGGCUAAUUUUAUGCCAUCGCUCGCGCUGAUGGAUAACAAGGACAUCCUCAUGGGCAUGACAGCAUUGGGUAUUCUUGUGAUCACCCUUGUUGUUAAUGUCUGCAUUGAAUUAGGCACCGGUAUUAUCUACUCGGAGAAAACAGAACAUAUUGUUGUUAUGCUUUCUAUGGUUUUUCUAUUUGUGAUCAUGUGCUUCUCCGCGCUUACAGUUCCAACUAUUAAAAGUUAUUUGGAACUGGAGUACAGAGAAAGAGGCAACAUGAUUGAAAUUGAUGAUCCAGUAGACGGUGAAAAACCGGUUGAAGUGAAACUGAAAGAAAAUUUGAGUAAAUUUUUUGUCAUGGCAAAAACAGGAAAUCCUCAGUUUGUGAUGGCGCGUUCUGCUACUUGUGCUGCUUGUUGUGCUAUCUGUUGUCUGAAUUGUCUGCUAUUACUGGAAGUGUCAUUCCGUGACAACUUAUUUGAUGCGCAUGUGCUGUCCAUGUCUGAUUACAGAAGAUCAACAUAUUGCAUUUCGAGGAUUCAAUCCGCUGGAGUGGCAGUAGGCACAGUAUCCUCACUUAUCAGAUGGUUUGCCAUUGCUACAAUUAAAUCGUCAAGCAAAAGCAUAAGCAUUAAAGUAGAAAGGCAUUGGCUUGAGAGACUGAAAGAUUGGAAAGAUAGUCCCUUUGCCCUGGAAAUCAAGAAUCCAAAAUGCAGAAAGUUAGUCCAGCAGAUACAAAAUAUAAUCUUGCUAAAUUGCAUAAGAGUACAGAUACUAAUUGUUGUAGUCAGCAAGAUAGUGCAACUAUUCCCUAUUCUCCUCCUAAGUUUGCUACGUUCGUGCUUUUAUUCUUCCUCGCAGUGCAACAACAUAAUCAACUCUGAAUCAGAAUCAGCAGAGAAUCUGGAGGAAGACAUCAGUCGAUAUGUUUUACAUCUGGAAGGCGAGGAGGAGCUGACUCUGGUGACGGCGAACAAGAGGGAUGACACCACUUGGAUGAUGGAAAUUGGUAGAAAACAGCAGCCAAAACAUCUCAUUGAGCUCUUGCAGAAACUGACUGAUUUUAGAGGAGUCAGUAAGUUUGACAUCAACCACUUUCAAGAGCCACAUAUUGGUUGGAAAAUGUCUAUAGUAACUUUAACAGCAAUUGCCACAACAAUUCCUAAAAUUGAUCACAAAAUGGUGGACAGUCUCUUGCUUAGUGUCAGCCAAGGUCUCAAGUAUGUCAGCUUCAUUGAAGAUAUCCUUGGAACCAAUGAAAACUCGGAGAAAAAUAAACAAGCAGCAGACGUAGUAUGGUUGGAGCUAUAUCUAUAUCGUAGAUGGCUUGAUCAAGAUCUGCAAAAAAUGGAUCUUCAAGGAAAAACAAGCAAAGAGAUUCUCGACAAUUUUGCAGACAUAGCGCAAGACUACGCCACAAAAGAUGAUUACUCAAGAAAGCUAACUGAAGUUAUAGCAGGAAACUCUAUGUAUCAAAUGAGCCAAAUCAUAUUACAGGACAACGAAAAAAUUGAUGAUCAGACAGAAGUGCACUUAUUCAAUCAUAUAUCUGCUAUGAUUGCAAGUGUACUUGGUGCUUAUUUGAUCAAUAUGCCUUGUGCUAUUACUAAAAAAUGUUCUUCCAAUGCCAUAGAGAUGAGGGAAGAAAAUGUCCAACAUGCUAUUCGUCUUCUUGGUGAAACUGAAGAAAUAAUAAAAUUCAUUCAGCAGCAUGAGAAAGUUACUCCAACUAAUUCGUCUAACAGUGACUCGGAUUCUUCAAGUUUAGAUGAAAUUAGAAUACCUAUUGAGUAA